GGUCAGGAUUCUGCUGACCCCCAAGGGGGCUGGGAGGGAACGGGUCUCCGGUGCUUAAGCCAGGGGGGGAAAAGAAAUAAGAGGCAAGAUAAGGUAAUAUGCGUUACCCCACUCCCCCGCCGCUUCCUUUCGGAGCCCUGCUCGGGGGGCUGGGGAAAGAAAGGAAAGAUUUGUGCCGGGGGGCGUCCCUUCUUCCUCACAGUGCUGUCUUUCGGAUGACAGAUAUGGCAGAUAAUCAUAAGGAAACUUGGGUAGCCCUGGUGGCUGCAGCAGAACAGUACCGGAGUCAAACAGGCAAUGAAAUUGUUUU